AUGGAAGUAGUUAGGUGUUCAGAGCACGGGACUUUAUGCUUUCUUAAGACCGGCGUCCGCGAUGGCCCGAAUAAAGGAAAGAGCUUCUACGUGUGCCGGGCAGACACGUGCAGCUUCGUGCGGGCCACCGAUAUUCCUGUUUCUCAUUGCUUAUUGCAUGAGGACUUUGUGGUAGAGCUUCAGGGUUUGCUUCUGCCACAGGACAAGAAAGAAUACAGAUUGUUCUUCCGAUGCAUUAGAAGUAAGGCAGAGGGGAAACGCUGGUGUGGAAGUAUUCCAUGGCAGGAUCCUGAUUCCAAAGAACAUUCUGUACCCAAUAAGUCUCAGCAUGCAUCUGAGACAUUUCAUCAUUUUUCCAACCGGCUGAGAAAUCCAUUCAAAGUACUUGACAAGAAUCAAGAACCAGUUCUCUGGAAACAGCUCAUCAAAGGUGAAGGUGAGGAAAAGACGGCUGAUAAGAAGCAAAGAGAAAAGGGAGAUCAGCUUUUCGAUCAAAAGAAGGAACAGAAGCCUGAGUCAAUGGAGAAGGAUCUCUCAUCUGGCCUGGUACCAAAGAAAAAACAAUCUGUAGUUCAAGAGAAGAAGCAAGAGGAGAGAGCAGAGAUUCAGUGUGAGGCAGAGACUGGAGGCACACACAAAAGAGACUUUUCUGAAAUUAAAUCUCAACAGUGCCAAGGUAAUGAGCUUACAAGACCAUCUGCAUCUUCUCAGAAGACAUCAAGUGGUAAGAGUCAAAAUGUCCAAAGAGGAUCAGAACCUCUGAGAGAAAAGGAUACUCAGCUUUUGCCUCAAAAUGUUCACAGUCACAACUCAGUAAGCAAGCCCCAGAAAGGGGGACCCCUCAACAAGGAGUACACGAACUGGGAGGCUAAAGAAACAAAGGCAAAGGAUGGCCCUAGCACACAGGCCACCCAGAAAAGCCUGCCACGGGGGCAUUUCCAAGAGCGGCCGGAGACCCACCGUGUGCCUGCUCCUGGAGGACCAGCGGCUCAGGCUGCACCAGCAGCACCAGGGCUUUCCCUGGGUGAGGGCCGUGAAUCUGCCACAAGCAGUGACGACGAGGAGGAAGAUGAUGUUGUUUUUGUUUCCUCUAAGCCUGGGAGCCCCCUACUCUUUGACUCGACUCUGGACUCACAGACAAAGGAAAACCAAUUCCCUGAUCAAAGUGUGCAAAGAAAGGUAUCUCCUGCCUCAGGUGUUUCCAAGAAGGUAGAACCCUCAGACCCUGCAGCCCAGCGUGUCUACCUUACAACACAACUGAAACAAAAGAAGAGCACACUGGCAUCAGUGAACAUCCAGGCUCUUCCAGACAAGGGUCAGAAGUUGAUCAAACAAAUCCAGGAGCUGGAGGAAGCACUCAGUGGUCUUGCCCUUUCCCCAGAGCAAGGAACUAAUGAGAAGAGUAACAGUCAAGUACCACAGCAGAGUCACUUCACCAAAACUACCACUGGCCCUCCCCACUUGGUGCCUCCCCAACCCCUUCCUGGUCAUGGUACCCAACCUGUGGGUUCUCUAGAACUAAAGUCUGCCUGCCAGGUGACUGCUGGAGGAUCCAGUCAGUGCUAUCGAGGCCAUACAAACCAAGAUCACGUUCACGCAGUGUGGAAAAUCACAAGUGAAGCCAUCGAUCAACUGCAUCGCUCACUUGAGUCAUGUCCUGGUGAGACGGCUGUGGCAGAAGAUCCCGCUGGGCUGAAGGUCCCUUUGCUGCUACAUCAGAAGCAGGCAUUGGCUUGGUUACUAUGGCGGGAAAGUCAGAAGCCACAAGGAGGAAUUCUGGCGGAUGAUAUGGGCUUAGGAAAAACCUUGACAAUGAUUGCGCUCAUCCUGACCCAGAAGAAUCAAGAGAAAAAGAAAGAAAAGGAGAAAAGCACAGCUUUGACGUGGCUCUCCAAAGAUGACUCUUCUGACUUUACUUCCCAUGGAACACUAAUCAUCUGUCCUGCCUCCCUGAUCCAUCAUUGGAAAAAUGAGGUGGAAAAACGGGUGAACAGCAACAAACUAAGAGUCUAUCUCUACCAUGGGCCAAACCGGGAUUCACGUGCCAGAGUCCUCUCUACAUACGACAUUGUGAUCACUACCUAUAGCCUCGUGGCCAAGGAGAUUCCCACAAACAAGCAAGAGGCAGAGAUCCCAGGUGCAAACCUCAGUGUGGAGGGCACCUCAACACCUUUGCUUCGAAUAGCCUGGGCUCGAAUCAUAUUGGAUGAAGCUCACAAUGUUAAGAAUCCCCGUGUGCAGACGUCCAUAGCUGUGUGUAAGCUACAAGCCUGUGCCCGUUGGGCUGUCACUGGAACCCCCAUUCAAAACAACUUAUUGGAUAUGUAUUCACUGCUGAAGUUUCUCCGUUGCUCUCCAUUUGAUGAGUUCAAUCUGUGGAGGAGUCAGGUUGACAAUGGCUCAAAGAAAGGAGGAGAACGGUUAAGUAUUUUAACCAAGAGCCUUUUGCUGAGGAGAACAAAAGACCAGCUGGACUCUACUGGCAGACCUUUGGUGAUACUGCCCCAGCGUAAAUUUCAGUUGCAUCAUUUAAAGCUUUCUGAAGAUGAAGAGACUGUUUACAAUGUGUCUUUUGCAAGAUCAAGGUCAGCUCUGCAAUCCUAUCUAAAAAGACAUGAAAGUAGAGGCAACCAGUCUGGAAGAAGCCCUAAUAAUCCAUUCAGUAGAGUGGCACUGGAGUUUGGGUCUGAGGAGCCUAGACACUCGGAGGCAGCAGACUCGCCGAGAUCCAGUACCGUCCACAUAUUGUCCCAGUUGCUGAGACUCCGCCAGUGUUGCUGUCAUCUUUCUUUACUGAAGUCGGCCCUGGAUCCAAUGGAACUGAAGGGUGAAGGUCUCAUCCUUUCCCUGGAAGAACAGCUCAGUGCUUUGACCUUGUCAGAACUCCGUGACUCAGAGCCAUCUUCCACUGUUUCCCUUAACGGCACCUUCUUCAAGAUGGAGCUUUUUGAAGACACACGAGAGAGCACCAAGAUUUCAUCUCUGCUGGCAGAAUUGGAGGCAAUUCAAAGAAAUUCAGCAUCCCAAAAGAGUGUCAUUGUCUCUCAGUGGACCAACAUGCUGAAAGUUGUAGCAUUGCACCUGAAGAAGCAUGGACUGACUUAUGCCACCAUCGAUGGCUCUGUCAACCCCAAGCAGAGAAUGGACUUGGUAGAGGCAUUUAACCACUCCAGAGGCCCUCAGGUAAUGCUCAUCUCUCUCUUGGCCGGAGGUGUUGGUCUAAACCUGACUGGAGGAAAUCACCUCUUUCUUUUGGACAUGCACUGGAAUCCAUCACUUGAAGAUCAAGCUUGUGACCGAAUUUACCGAGUAGGGCAGCAGAAAGAUGUUGUCAUACACAGAUUUGUUUGUGAGGGAACAGUAGAAGAAAAGAUCUUACAGCUCCAAGAAAAAAAGAAAGAUUUGGCCAAACAAGUUCUAUCAGGGUCUGGAGAAUCUGUCACCAAGCUCACCUUGGCUGACCUCAGAGUCCUUUUUGGCAUCUAACCUCCUGUGGAUAAGGGCUCAGAAUAGCACCAUUGCUGGUUUGUAUUAGGAUCUGGGAAUAACAACCUAACCAUGAGCCUUG